GAGUAGUAGACAUCGUCAGUCGCCCUCUUUUUCCAGGGCUGUCUUCAAUCUCUUCUUCUUUAUCUGCUCCGCAAUCUGUCUUUCUCUCUCUCUCUCUAGGGUUUCCUCGUUUCCCCCGCCGGCAAUGCCGCCUCCGAGCAAGUCCAUCCGGCCCUCCCACCACGGCGCCGCCAAGGAGUCGCCGGCCGGCGGCGGGGACCUCCACGACACGCCGCCGUCGAACAACCUCUGGAUCGGCAACCUCUCCAGCGACGUCACCGACACGGACCUGAUGGACGUGUUCGGCAAGUACGGCGCCCUCGACGCCACCUCCUACGCCGCCCGCAGCUUCGCCUUCGUCUUCUUCAAGCGCCCCGACGACGCCGCCGCCGCCAAGGACGCCCUCCAGGGGACCUCCGUCAAGGGGAACCAGAUCAAGAUCGAGUUCGCUCGACCGGCUAAACCUUGCAAGCAAUUAUGGGUUGGAGGGAUCAACCCAGCUGUUUCAAAGGAGGAUCUGGAAGAGGAAUUUCUCAAUUUUGGAAAAGUUGAUGACUUUAAGUUGUUUAGAGACCGCAAUACUGCAUUAGUGGAGUAUGUCCGAGUGGAGGACGCUAUUCAAGCGAUGAGAAACAUGAAUGGAAAGCAAUUAGGUGGUGAUCAAAUACGUGUGGAUUUCCUGCGAUCUCAGCCCUCAAGAAGAGAACAUUGGGCUGACACUCAUGACUCUAGGGAGUUUGUUGGUAGGGGCAUGGGGUCUACUGACGUUCAUGCAGGUUCUAAAAGGCAACAGGUGGUUGCAUCUGGAAUGGCUCUGCCGUUCUGUCUCCUCAAUCCUUCUCAUUCUUCAGGGUCUAGAAGAGGAGACGGGCAACCUAGUAAAGUUUUGUGGAUAGGUUACCCUCCUUCUGUCCAGAUUGAUGAACAAAUGCUGCAUAAUGCAAUGAUAUUAUUUGGAGAGAUUGAGAGAAUCAAAAGCUUUCCUUCAAGGCAUUAUUCAUUUGUGGAGUUUAGAAGUGUGGAUGAAGCCCGUCGCGCCAAGGAAGGAUUACAGGGCCGUCUAUUUAAUGAUCCUAGAAUAACCAUUAUGUUCUCCAGUAGUGACCUGGCACCUGGAAGAGAGUACCCCGCGUUUCAUCCAGGAGUUAGAGGGCCAAGGACAGAAAUGGAACACCCAUUCCGGAACCCCCAAAUGGAUAUGUUUGGUCACAAUCAUCCAGGGGGUCCAGGUUCACUUCCGCAUGGUGUUGGUCAAAAUAUUGCGGCAAGGCCUUAUGGUUCUUCAGAAUUUGAUGAUGUUGACCUGCCUUAUGGCAUGCAAGAUGUCAACGGGAAAAAUCUGAUGGGCCAAAGCUGGAGGAGGUCGUCUCCUUCCUCUUCUGGUGUGCUGCCUUCUCCUGCUUCAGGUGUUAGGACUCCUGUGAGGGCCACUGGCUCAUGGGAUGUUUAUGAUGCUAGUCAUUUCCCUAGGGAUUCCAAGCGGUCAAGAAUUGAAUCUUCUUUACCUGCCGACGAGGUAUCUUUUCCUUCUAGGAAGAUGGAUGAUCAUGGCUUGAGGAUGGACCAUGGGCCUGGUUCAACAAUUGAUGUAGGUAUUCCCGGCCCUUAUGCAAAUUCCCAUGGAAAUGGUCGUCUGAGUCCAAUGGGUGCAAGGUUUGCAUCUGGACCUGGUCAAGCCAGUGAUGAUGAUUACAUCUGGCGGGGCCUUAUUGCGAAGGGUGGAACACCUGUCUGUCAUGCUCGAUGUGUGCCUGUUGGUGAGGGGCUUGCUGCAGAGAUUCCUGAAGUUGUCAACUGCUCAGCUAGAACAAGUCUGGAUUUGCUAGCAACACACUAUAAGGAAGCUCUUGGUUUCGACAUUGUUUUCUUCUUGCCAGACAGUGAAGAAGAAUUUGGUUCCUACACUGAAUUUCUCCGGUACUUGGGCUCCAAAGAUCGUGCUGGUGUUGCCAAACUUGAUGAUGGUACCACCCUAUUUCUUGUCCCUCCAUCAGAAUUUUUGAGGAAGGUAUUAAGGGUAACUGGUCCUGAGCGUCUGUAUGGAGUGGUCCUCAAGUUUGCUCAGGUUCCUGGCAAUGCAUCUGUGCAGCAUCAACCACACGAGUUGGCGGCUCUUUCCCAAUUUGCUGAUGCACAGAGGAUGCCUGCUUUCCAACCCGAGUAUGGAUAUUUAUCCCCUAAGCAGGAACAAGUUCUUCGAAAUGCACAAGAGGAUGCAAAACUUCCACAGCAACUGCUGUAUCAACACAUGGGUGAGUCCUCUGCAAUGCGUUCAGCUUCUCACGAACAGGCACAUGGCAAUGCUGCCGCAGCAUCCCAAGCUGGAGUUGCUUUAACACCCGAGCUUAUUGCAACUCUAGCUUCAUUACUUCCUGCAAGUGCACGGACAUCAUCUACAGAAAGUUCUCAGCAAAACUCGAGGCCAAUGUUUCCCCCUGUUGUACCUAACAAUGAAUCUUCAUUGCAAGCAUGGAAGCAAGAACAUCAAGCAUCCGAUGGUGGUGGGUAUUCAGUGCAACAACCCGGGAGUCAGUUGAAUGCUCCGAUGUCAUCAGUAACCCAAUUUCAGCCUUAUACAACCGUCCCAAGCACCACUAGCCAGUCCAUGCAAGUGCCGGCCAUCCUUGCUUCCACCCAAAUGCAAGAAUCUGUGCUCAAUGCUUCACAAUAUGCCGCAGUUUCUAGAUCAUUUACUAAUAUCCCUUCCCAAGGUGGACAGUUUGCAGCUUCCAUCCAGCAGUAUCCAGUUGAAGUUCCUCCCACUUCUUCUGGGUUAUACAGUUCACCACUUUUACACCAGCACAGUUCUUCUGGCUUGGCAAGCCAGGUUCAAGUUCCUCCUUUUUCUCAGCUACAAACUGUUGUUCCCACAACAUAUACCGAUGUCUCCAAUCAACCACAGCAGAUACAGUCCUCUGCUUCUGGGACUGCUCAGGGUGUACAAGAUGAGGUUGAUAAGAACCAGCGCUAUCAGUCAACAUUGCAAUUUGCUGCGAACCUUCUUCAGCAGAUACAGCAGCAGCAGCAGCAGCAACAACAGCAGCAGCAGCAGCAGCAGCCACAGCCAACACCGAGCGCCCAUCAUGGGCAAGGUUAUGGUGCUGGCCAAUAGAAAUUGAGUCAUGGUUGCAGGAGCGUAGAUGGCCGCCUUCGCUGUAGCAGAUCUUGAACCAAUUGGAAAGAGACGUGUCGUCGCUCGUUUCGAACGCCAGUCAACUAGCAGAGCCUUGUAGUCUUCUCUUCUCCUUCUCUUUGUUUUGUUUUUUUUUUUUUUUUUUUUUUUUGGGCUUCUUCAAUGAACUCUCUCUCUCUCUCUCGUUUUAUGGGCUUUUUACAUUUGAGUUAGUUUUUUGGGUAACAUCUAGUUCUUUGUAAAUGCACAUGGAAUCGUAGUCUUAAUCUUAAUCCCUAACGUUGUACUCCAAAGGGUGCUUUGCUUUUAGCCUAA